AUGUGCUCCCUCCCCAUGGCAAGAUACUACAUAAUUAAGGAUGCAGGUCAGAACGCUCUGUACACGAGAGACUGCCACUUCCUGGUGGGACAUCUCGCCGCAGACAACUGCCGUGCAGGAACGAUCUGCAUUCUCCCCAACAGAGGCCUGGGCCAAACCAGUUUCCCCAUCUUCCUAGGGAUCCAGGGAGGCAGUCGUUGCCUGGCAUGUGUGGAGACAGGGGAGGGGCCUUCCCUGCAGCUGGAGGAAGUGAGCAUCGAGGAUCUGUACAAGGGCGGUGACCAGGCCACCUGCUUCACCUUCUUCCAGAGACGCUCGGACCCCGCCUUCAGGCUGGAGGCUGCUGCCUGACCUGGCUGGAUUCUCUGUGGCUCGGCUGAGCCCCAAGAGCUCGUACGACUCAUCAAGGAGAGUGAGCCCUCAGCCUGCACUGAGCUCUACUUUGAACAGGGUCGGUAG